UUUGUUUCUUAUCCGUUGGUAAUGGUUUUAAAAACAGAGGUUGAAGAUGACAAUGUCCGAACCUUCCGUUUUUUUUCUAAGAAAAGCCUUAACGGAUCUCCAUAUUCUAAAUCCUCCUCCAUUUCUGAUUUCUCCUUUACCAUUCUUCUCUCUCUCUCUCUCUCUCUCUCCAAAUCCUCUCACAGGGAGAGAGAAAAAGCCACAAACAGAGCAUCCUUUCCAAUGGCUUCCUCAUCGGAGGAUCAACAAUCUCAAUCCAAAGCCACUGACCCACCUCCUCCGCACCCCUCCUCUGCUGGAAACAACCCUCCUCCUGUCUAUCCACCGCCCACAUUGGGGUACCCUCCUCCUCACGGCCAUGGGUACUCUCCGGCGAUGGGGUACCCUCCACCUCCACCUCCAGGGUACCCACCGGCUCCGGGGAAUUACCCUCCUUACAAUACGUACUACGCUCAGGCUCCCCCGGCGGCGUAUUACAAUAACCCUCAAAACUACAGAGCCCAGACCGUAAGCGCGGGAUUCCUCCGAGGGAUUGUGACGGCGUUGAUUUUAUUGGUGGCUGUAAUGACUCUGUCCAGCAUAAUCACAUGGAUCGUCCUCCGCCCUCAAAUCCCAGUGUUUAAAGUCGAUUCAUUCUCCGUUUCGAAUUUCAAUAUCUCGAAAUUGAAUUACUCCGGAAAUUGGAAUGGGAGUCUGACGGUUGAAAAUCCGAACCAUAAACUGACUGUGAAUAUAGAGCGCAUCCAGAGCUUCGUGAACUACAAAGAAAAUACGUUGGCAAUGUCUUACGCGGACCCAUUUUUUAUAGAUGUGGAGAAGAGCAGUCAAAUGAGGGUGAAAUUGACGUCGAGUAGUCCCGAUGAUCCGGGAAAUUGGUUAGAAACAGAGGAGAAGGUGGGGCAGGAGAAGGCGAGUGGAACGGUGAGUUUCAAUUUGAGAUUCUUUGCUUGGACGGCUUUCCGAUCCGGUUCUUGGUGGACAAGGCGGAUUGUCAUGAAAGUGUUUUGUGAAGAUUUGAAGCUGGCCUUCACCGGACCCGCCGCCACUCAUGGCGUUUACUUGGCCGACGCACACUCCAAGACUUGUUCUGUUCUCUUCUAGAAGAAUUCUUCGGAAAGUAGGCAAAUUGUGUGUGGGGGCUUGAAGGAAAAGGGGUAUAGCAGAGAGAUUUGCUUUCAUGUUUGGAGAUUAUGAAACAUUAUAUUCAACUUUAGGGAUCUUUUUUUUUUUUUUUCUUUCAAUUUUUAGUAUCAUAUCUCUUUGUCCUUUUCGAAUUAUUAUUAUUAUUAUUACUUUUUAUUCUAUUUUUUUUUUGUAGAUAGAGAGAUAUGAAAAUUUGGAAAUAUGAAAGUUUGUUUCUGAAUGUGUUGGGGUUAUUGUUCUAGAGGAAAGAAGAGACCAUGUAACUUUGUUUUGUUUUCUUCAUUUUUAUUUUCAUAUGAACUGCUUUUUUACGUCUUCUAUUAA